UUGUUUUGUUUUAUUUGGCAUUCUUUGGGAACCAAAUUGUUUCACAGUGUCCACAUAUUAAUUAACUACAUUUUGAUGAUUGUUUGGCGGACAUUGCAAAUAACAUCUACUUGUGUAUUCUUUAGAUAUCCUCCAAGAUAGUUCUGUGGACAGAUUAAAUUAUUAGGCCUAAUUCACGUCCGUUAACUUGGCGGUCCAGGCCAACCUGUCGCGCCAAUCUAUGUUCUGGGCCCCGUUGUGAAAGAAGAUGAAGGUGUGGCAACUGAUGCUAUCUGGUCUGGUGGUUCAUCUGAUUCUCUUCUACUCCAUCUUUGACAUUUACUUCACAUCCCCAUUGGUGCAUGGAAUGACUCCAAGUGUUCCUGAUUCCCCGGCACCCGCUAAGAGACUGGUACUGUUUGUUGCCGAUGGACUGAGAGCAGACCGUUUCUUUCAGCAGGACAGGGAUAGAGAGGGAAGGGAACUGUACCUCAGGGAUGUGAUUCAGAGCCGAGGGUCGUGGGGUGUGUCUCACACUCGGGUGCCAACAGAGUCCAGACCAGGACAUGUGGCUCUCAUCGCUGGCUUCUAUGAAGAUGUCAGUGCUGUGGCUAAAGGAUGGAAGGAAAAUCCAGUUGAGUUUGACUCGGUUUUCAACGAGAGCCGCUACACUUGGUCAUGGGGGAGUCCAGACAUCCUGCCUAUGUUUGCCAAAGGUACAGCUCUCACAGGUGCUACUGGCGACCAUGUGUUCACUCACUGCUACUCGUCAGCGGAGGAAGACUUUGCCAGUUUUGAUGCCAGUAAACUCGAUACCUGGGUUUACCAGAAGGUCAAGAAAUUCCUUUCUGUGGCCAAGACCAAUGCUACAUUACUUCAUCAGCUGCAGCAAGAUAAGAUUGUCUUCUUCCUUCAUCUUCUUGGCCUGGACACAAAUGGACAUUCUCACAAGCCACACUCACGGGAGUACAUAGAAAAUAUUCAUCUCCUCAACCAUGGAGUAGAGGAAAUGGUGUCUCUGUUUGAAGAUUUCUAUAACCAAGAUGGCCGCACAGCUUAUGUCAUGUCUGCCGACCAUGGCAUGACAGACUGGGGUUCCCAUGGAGCUGGCCUUCCCUCGGAGACACUGACCCCCUUGGUAGCUUGGGGGGCGGGGCUACACGGGCCUAGGGGGGCGGGGACGUGUGGAACCUACCCAGACACGUUCUGCACAGACUGGAACUUGAAUAACAUAGCAAGAUUUGAUGUUCAGCAGGCCGAUGUCGCUCCUCUCAUGGCGUACCUCAUCGGCGUUGCCUUUCCCAUGAACUCUGUGGGAGUUCUGCCCCUUGAGUACCUAGGUGUGUCGCUAUGGGAACAGGCGGAGGGGAUCUACGCUAAUGCACAGCAGAUACUUGCACAAUAUCAGGUGAAGAUGAGGCAGGUGAAGGAGAGGACUGUCUCGGUUGCCUUCCGACCUUUCGGGGAACUUUCCCCAUCAAAACAAGCAGACUACGUCCGACACAUCCGGCAGCUGAUCAAGUCUGGAAACUAUGCACAGGCAAUAGCAGAGAGCCGGGAGUUGAUGAGUGUGGGUCUGAAGGGACUCAACUAUUACCAGAAGUAUGACAGACUGUUCCUAGGGAUCAGUAUCGUGCUGAGCUUCGUGGGAUGGAUGGUGUACCUGCUGCAGCAGGUGCUCCACAACCACACCUGGUUCUGUGCUGGCAGGUCGGACAGAGUUGCCUCCCCUCUACACUACGUCCACAUGGCGGCAGCUGUCAUGGCCUCCAUCGUCAGUUUUCUCUUGUUUAUCCAGUCGUCCCCGGUCACCUACUACCUCUACUGCCUGCUCCCCGUGCUGCUGUGGACCAAAGUCGUGGAAGCUGAAGUUAGAUUACAGAUCCUGAAACGAGCUGUAUCUGCGUGUUACGAUAACAAGUGUAUCCUGGCAGUGACGGCCUCUGUUGCCUGUAGCAUGCUGGGACUGGAGAUAGUGGUCCAAGGCUUCUUCCAGAGAGAGCUGUUGUCCGUGGGGCUCGUCUGUAUCGCACUCUGGUCUGUGACGUCGGGGGUCUUCAACACUUCCAAGUUUUCGGCGUAUGGCUGGUUGCUAAGCUGCAUAUUGCUGGCAGCGUUCCCUCUCCUUCCCGUGGUGGGCCGGAACGCCAACUAUACGCUUGUCCUCGUCUCGGGGAUGCUGGCCUUCCUGCUGGGGGCAGUGAUGGUGUACAGACUGGGUGUGUUGACCAGCAGGGACAAGAACAACAACAGAAUGUCAGGUGUCAUCAUGGGCAUACAGCUUGUAAUGAUCCUUGCGGCCGUGGGACUGGUGAAGACGACGUCGGACGGUAUCAGGCAGCGGCAUGGGGUCCCAUCGUACAACCACCUCAUCAGCUGGGCCAUGCUAGGAUUGAGUCCGAUAUGGCCGCUACUGACCAGCACGAACCUCCCGGAGAGACUGGCCAGCGUGGGGCUGACCUUCAUCGGCCCCUACAUCCUCAUGAGCAUCACCUACGAGAGCGUGUUCCUGUUGGUGCUACUCAGUCUCCUGUACUUCUGGCUCCACAUGGAGCACGACCUGGCAGAGGAGCGCACCAGGAAGCUGUUGUCCCACACUGACUUCACUGCCAACACCCACCUCAAGUCUCACCGCGACACCUCGCCGGAUUCAAGAUGGCUGCAGCUGGCCGACCUCAGACGAGCAUUCUACUUUGUCUUCCUCACACUGACGGCGUUCUUUGGCACAGGAAAUAUAGCAAGCAUUAACAGUUUUGAUCCUGCCUCCGUGUACUGCUUCCUGACCGUCUUCAACCCCUUUGUGAUGGGAGCCCUGAUGCUGCUGAAGAACGUGAUCCCCUUCCUGCUGGUGACGUGUGCGUUCCAGGCGGUCCACGUUGUCACGAGGAUCCCGGUGAGGGCCUUGUUCCUCCUGGUCAUGCUCAUGUCCGACUACAUGGGGCUGCACUUCUUCUUCCUGGUGCGUGACUACGGCAGCUGGCUAGAGAUCGGCACAAGCAUCAGUCACUAUGUGAUCGUCAUGACGAUGAUCAUAUUCCUAAUGUUGCUGAUGGGAAUAUCUCAUAUACUCACCUGUUGUCGCCUCUCAUUCCUCCAGCAGAAAUACCACCCGGGCUAACUGUGUCGUCAAAAUACCACCCGGGCUAACUGUGUCGUCAAAAUACCACCCGGGCUGACUGUGUCACCAAAAUACCACCCGGGCUAACUGUGUUGUCAAAAUACCACCCAGGCUAAUUGUGUUGUCAAAAUAACGCCCGGGCAAGUAGUAUUAUGAGGACUAGUCACUGAUAUGCAUAUUCUGUAAAACAGGUCCUAGACAUGGAGAACUAUCUCAGGGCUUACAAUCUUCCACUGCAGGAUUCUGUUGAUGUGUAAUCCAUUUUUGGGAAAUCGUUUUUAUCUCUCCACGUCCUCUGUUGAGCACAGGGGACCCAGUGGUGUAAAGUGCUGCAAGUGUCUGCAGGGUUUUGUCCCCUAGCCAUACCAGGAUGUGCUGAUUAUGGGCUUGUGUUUUCUGAUUUUGACCCAGAAUUGUACCUAGCUUGUUGGGUUGACCAGAGUCGUUUAUUUAUUGUUUAAUGCCAAA